UUCAACAGGGUGGCUUGCAACGCCUCGCCGUUGGCAACCCGCGUGGGAAACCCUAAUUUUAACCUCCCGAACCGGCGGACAACCUGUCUCCAUCAAUCCCUAGCAUCCCCAACUUCACUACCUUUUGCCCCCUUCUUAAAUCACACUUCCCCCUUCCUCUCAUCCCUAUUUCCUUCCCUCCAUCGAAAUCAACACCACAUGGACUCCGCCGAUCUAAAACGCGUCUUCCAGUUGUUCGAUCGCAAUGGGGACGGCUCCAUCACCAAAAAAGAACUAAGCGACUCCCUACGCAACCUCGGCAUCCACAUCCCCGACACCGAGCUUCAAUCCAUGAUCGACAAGAUCGACGCCAAUGGCGACGGUUGCAUCGACAUCGACGAGUUUGGCGUUCUCUAUGAGACCAUUAUGGACGAGCGCGGCGGCGAUGAAGAUGAAGAGGAAGAUAUGCGAGAGGCGUUCAAUGUCUUCGACCAGAAUGGCGACGGCUUCAUAAGCGUCGAGGAGCUUCGAUCUGUGCUCUCUUCACUUGGAUUAAAGCAGGGGAGGACGGUGGAAGCUUGCCGGCAAAUGAUACGGAAUGUUGAUGCGGACGGAGAUGGGAUGGUUAAUUUUAAGGAGUUUAAGCAGAUGAUGAGAGGUGGAGGGUUUGCUGCAUUGACGUAAAAUGUUUGGUUGGUUAUCAAUUCUUACCCCUUUGUUUUUCCAUGUACCAUAAUCGUUGUUUAAGCGGACGAUGGAGACAAAAUUCUUUUAAAAGAAUUCCUCGCAUUAUUCUCUUGGAGGAUUUCUUCUUCUUUUUUUUUUUGUUUCAGUUGAUGUUCAUUCGAUCGACUGCAGUUCAUGUGAACAUCUAUCUAAUGCUGAAAAUGCAUUUCUCGCGAGGAGAUUGGGAAUUCUGCGAGGAAUGUUUUAUAGGAAUCUAUAUGCGAAAGAAGAGGUACAUUAAUUACUAUUUUGUUUUUUAUUGUGUUUUAUACACAAUAAUAUGCAGUGUCGUAUGGAAAAGAGUUGUCCAAGGCAUCUGAGCUACCUUUUUGCCGGAGAUGGAAUACGGUUCUGAAUGUUUUUGUAACGCAGCUCUUCAUGAUUUUCAAGAUAUUAUGGAAUU